CUAAUAAAAAUACACAGAGGGGAGAUUUGUCUUUGUUGUACGUCAUCCAGAUUUAGCUUUCUGGUUUCGCUCGCUAGGGUUUCUCUUCACAAAUCUCAAUCUAAUCGAAGAACAGAAAGAGAGACCAAUAGGCGGUUACAACUAGGGUUCCAGUUUGUUAGAUUUUUCUGCUCCCUAUCUGCAACAUAUUUAUCAAUAAGAAUCCUUUUGUAUCUUGAUUUACAUGAAUGGAUACAAGUUCAUGCCUUGAUGAUCUCAACACCCUCUCAUCCUCUUCUUUACCGUCUCAAAUCCAUCAAAAUGAUAGAAACGUGCUUCAUCUGUUGGCAAGAAGGGAGAUAGCUCCUAGAACAGCAAAAUGCUUGCCAAAAAGGCAGUGGGGAGAAGUUUCUAAUCACAAACAUCAGUCAUUUGUUAAACCUGAAAGCGAAAGAGUGAGGAACUCAAGACGCGAGCUUCUUUCAUGGGUGGAAGCUGAGUCCCUGGGAUGUUUAUCAGCCAAAUAUUGUCCUUUGGUCCCUUCUCCUAGGUCAACCAUUGCAGCUGCAUUUAGUGCAGAUGGGAAAAUUCUUGCUUCUACUCACGGUGAUCAUACUGUUAAAAUUAUCGAUUGCCAAACUGGAAAAUGUGAAAAGGUGUUGAGUGGUCAUCGAAGAACUCCUUGGGUGGUUAGAUUCCACCCAUUGCAUCCAGAAAUAGUUGCAAGUGGAAGUUUGGAUCAUGAAGUUCGAUUAUGGAAUGCAAAUACAUCGGAAUGCAUAGGGUCCCGUGAUUUUUACCGGCCUAUUGCUUCAAUUGCCUUCCAUGCUGAAGGAGAACUUCUUGCAGUUGCUGCAGGCCAUAAGCUGUAUUUGUGGCAUUACAAUAGCAGAGGAGAAACUUCCUCACCUACUAUUGUAUUAAGAACAAGACGAUCUCUUCGUGCUGUUCACUUCCAUCCACAUUCGGCUCCAUUUUUGUUAACUGCCGAGGUGAACGAUCUUGACUCUUCAGAUUCAACAAUGGCACCGGCGACAUCUCUUGGUUAUCUGCAUUACCCCCCACCCGCUGUAUAUAUGGGAAACAUGCAUUCCAUUGAUCGUCUAAGUUUAGCUGCUGAGCUUCCAUUGAUGCCUGUGCCUCUCUUCUGUUCUCCUGAUUCAAGGCCACAACUGCAGAUUGGAAACAGAGACAACACACAAUCGGAUCGGCUUCAAGUUCUUGCAAAUGCAACAGAACUGUAUGAACAAAUGAUGGCUUCUUCUGUUCCAACUGAAAUGCAAAUGGAUGUCACUGAGGUACAACCACCACAACUUCCAGAUGACUACAGGGAAAGCGGUCCUUCUAAUAUGGAUACUUCCGUGUCCGUGGGUCGACCCACGGACGAUCUGUUCAGAGAACGUGUGUGUUGGGAGUUGCCUUUCAUGCAAGGAUGGUUGGUGGGUCAAAGUCAAAGUCAAAACCAAGCUGAACAUUCUGGUAGUGGUGAUAGGGGGGAGGCUGUAGAGGCUUCGUUAGUUGUACCAUAUGGUACAAGGGAUGUUUCUUCAAAUGCUGCUGCUUCAACUUCUUCUUCUUCUUCUAAUAGGGUAAGUGGUGUGAUGAGUAAUGAUGGAAUUGGAGGUGAUAGUUUCCCUAUCAUUAGCAGAAUACAGUCUCAGCUUUCUGCAUCAUUAAGUGCUACUGCUGCUGCUGAGUUGCCAUGUACUGUAAAACUAAGAAUAUGGCCUCAUGAUUUUAAAAAUCCUUGUGCUUCACUCAAGGCUGAAAAAUGUCGUCUCAUAAUACCACAUGCAGUACUUUGUAGUGAAAUGGGGGCGCAUUUUUCACCAUGUGGGAGAUAUCUAGCUGCUUGUGUGGCAUGUGUACUUCCACAGUUUGAAGAAAGGGCGGGAACAUCUCCAACAAGACAUCCCAUUUCUGCUCGCCAGGUCAUGUAUGAACUUCGGAUAUAUUCGCUCGAGGAUGCAACUUUUGGUACUGUACUUAUUUCGAGGCCGAUUAGAGCUGCUCAUUGUUUAACAUCUAUUCAGUUUUCGCCAACUUCUGAACACAUAUUGCUUGCUUAUGGUCGACGUCACAGUUCCCUUCUUAAAAGCAUUGUUAUUAAUGGGGAGACCUCAUUAUCCAUCUACACAGUUUUAGAGGUAUAUAGAGUUUCAGAUAUGGAACUUGUGAGUGUGCUUCCGAGUGCAGAAGAUGAGGUCAAUGUAGCUUGCUUUCAUCCUCUUGCUGGAGGUGGUCUUGUUUAUGGAACCAAGGAAGGCAAACUUAGAAUCCUUCAGCAUGAUGGUGGUCAUGCGCCCAGACCUGAUCACUUUUUUGAAGCAAGAGCAGUUGAGUAUUUCACAUCUCAGGAAGCUAAAACUGAUGCAGCCAGGUGAUUUUUUUUACCAUCUUUCGUGUGUAGCCUUCCACAUGUUUGAGCAUUUGCUUGUAUUUUAACAACUUGUUGUAUACACCCAUAAACUAGUCAUUACAAAUGGCUACACUUUGGAUCAAUGUAAAUUAUUAAUUACUAGUUUGUCAACUUUUGCUAUUAAUAUAUUUUUGUACUGGUCAA